GUCCGCGACACCGAGCAGGAAGGUACCGUUCUCUGCGUUCACGUCCCGACGCAGCUCGUGGCCUCUCCGACGACUCUUCACGUCGCCGUUCAACCGGAUAACGCGGCAUCGUCACGCGACGAGAGGUCCGUUCAGUUACUACCACGAUUUCUCUCGCAGUUUUUCGCCCGAGAUCCGAUCUCCACCGCGGAGAUACUCGCGCGUGGUGGACAGUGAGAACGCGUCGCUCCGUUUGGCUGGCUAAGCGACCCGUGCGAAUCGCAAGUGCGUGAGAAAGUACGGGGGUGUGCUCCGGGCGAGGAUACCGCUCUGUUUCACUAGCUUUCUUGUGCCUUCUCCCGUGAGAUAUUCCCCGAUCAGGAACGAUCUGUUCGACGUUGGAACGUCGACACUUGGUGCUUUCGAUUGUCAGUGUCCCGAGGAUUUAGUGGUGCAAAACGUUUCUGGUGAAAAGAGAAAAGUUUUUCGUCAUCGUAUCGUUUCACGGAACAAAGUACGAUGGUUAGCAAGUUCACGGUUGUUCGAUGGUUCGCGUGAUCCCGUCGCCGAGCGUCGGAUACCGUUCUGGCUCCGGAACACCAGCCACCGUGCCAUAGUGCGUCCGUUGGAAAAAAUCGUGUCCGAUGCGAGCGUAUCACGAAGGAUCCACCGUGAGCUCGUCACCCUGAUUCUAGGAAAAAGUUGUACCAAUGAGAGGGCCAGCAAGGUGCAGUCCAGGUGAGAGAAACACGGGGUGGACCCAUGGGACGCGCAGCUCGAUGGACCUCUAUGGAAACAGCAGAACACCGAGGGAACUUUAUCGGCUGUAACCGAUCGAGGCCGCUCGUCAAGGAUUCCGGCAAAGAAGUUCAGCACUCGUGAAGGAAGACUCCGUUCCACCAUACGUAGCCCGGGAAGUGCACCUACGAACGUUCGCUGAGACGAUAACGUUCGAACCGGGGAAGAAAAUAGGAUACGCGAGUCACGGUCCGAUAAUUCGCUAGAGAAAAGUAAAAACGUGGAAGAGAACAAGCGAUCUAACACACCGGAGAAAGUGAAGUGUGGAUGUGGUGUUUGUGCAACGGUGGUGGUAGGUGGUUGUGGACGACAGCGACAGAGGUGCAGGUGUCGUCGUCGUUGUUGUUGUUCUUGUUGUUAGUUGUUGUAUCUCGGUGAACGGUGGUGACGCGGUGCGCGCUGCUCGUUCGUCCACGUUUUUACCAUGGUUUCCACGUCCUUUGUAACUUUGGUGUUCUUCGUCUGCCUGCAAACGGUUCUACUCUCGACUGUGAGCAAUUGCGCGAAGACGAUCAACAUGUAUUGGAACACCACCAAUUCCAUAUUUCGAAUAGACAACACGGAUCAUAUAAUAGACGUGAACAAGAACAAUGCAGCGUUCGAGUAUGAUCAAGUGAACAUAAUAUGUCCUGUGUACCAACCUGGGACAUUCAAUAAGGAGAUGGAGAAGUAUAUCGUCUACAACGUGUCUAAAGAAGAGUACGAAACAUGUCGGAUAACGAAUCCGACUCCGCGGAUGAUAGCGAUCUGCGAUAACCCUUACAAGACCAUGUACAUCACGAUCACCUUCAGGCCGUUCACACCGCAACCUGGAGGCCUAGAGUUCCAGCCAGGGCACGAUUACUACUUCAUCAGCACCUCGUCCAAAGACGACCUCCAUUUGCGUGUCGGUGGACGAUGCGCCAGCGACAACAUGAAGGUUGUCUUCAAGGUGUGCUGCAGUAACGACGCUGACACCUCGUCGUCGUCCGCGACAUCACGCAACAACUCGGUAACCGUGACAAGCAGCACCGUGCCUAGCAGCAGCUCAACCAGCACCGCAGUUUUGGGUGGAGGAGUCGCUGGACUGCCACCCCCGCCACCACCGAGCGUCCUCAAGGGCGGAGAUCGAUUCUACCCAGGGGGCAGCAUUCAUCAUCAUCACGAUCAUCAUCAACCGGCCACGGCGGCGCCGACCCUGUCCCACGUGCCCCCUCCGGUCAUCUACCCCUCGCAUCCGCAUCAGCCUACGAUUCACAAUGGACCGCCGUCCUCCUCGCCGCCCAAGACCCCGAUCGGCCAGAAGAAGAAGAACAAGGAAUAUUCGGAUCACCCGAACGAGGUGGUGAAGAACGAAGAAUUGACCUACAACGGGGCGAGUUCCAGCCGCGUGUACAACACGUACAGCCAGCUGAUCGUGAUGUUGACGGCCAGCUUCCUGAUCAGCACGAUCCUGCCACAGUUACUGCGGUGAAGCGACCACACUAUCGACGAGAACGUAUACCCCAUACGUCGAACACCCCUUUUUCUGUGAUUAUCCUACGUUUAAUUAAUUUCUUGAGGCACGCGUGUCCCCCGCGCGGCCGCCCCUCGAUCGUGGAAACAAAAAUGCGCACGAUUUAUGGUCGGACUGCCUCGAGAGAAAGAGAACGAAAGAACAAAAAAAAAGGAUGGUUUUAGGGAAAGAACGAAGAGUGGUUUGAAAAAAAAACACACACACACACACGAACGUCAAGAGAAGAGAGACACGCACGACACACGAGCAGCAACGCCAUAUUAACUAUUCGAAGGAAGCACGAAGACGUAGGUAGUAAGAUUACGAAGAAAGACGAAACGCUACUACUAGACACUAUUAUAGUAUGCCCACUAUUAUCACUACUAUAAAUGGUAGUCGUAUUGGUUGUCCUUCUUAUCAUUACGCUAAUUCUAGGUAUUUAUUCGAAAUACGAGCGAAGAGAAGUCGUGAACAGCGUGUUAACUAUCCUCGAGCGUAUACGUUGAUAAAUAAGAUUCUCUCCACGGUGAAUUACGAGGAUUUUUUUGAGGGAACUUUCGUUGUAUCUUCGGUGACGAACGGUACUCUGUGACGUUUAGCGCCGCCAUUUUGUUGCGCGAAUGGCAAGCGAGAUGGCGGUGGAAAUAUCAGUCGUUCGAAUCAGAUUCGAGGUUAUGAAGGGUUUCAAAGGUCGAUUCCUCUGUGAGAUUUUCUUCCACGUGAAUUUUUGUGGAGAAAAAUAUUUAUGUUUAUGAUGCUAAAUUGGGAUUAUUAACAUUUGCAACGUCUCAAAUUUGGUAUGUUUAAAAUGAGGAUGCUUCAAUCACUUCAAAUAUGGGGCAGCUCUAAUUUAAAGCACUUCAGAUGUGUUUAAUGCCUAAUGUUGUAAUGUAAAAACGCCUCAGACUUGAAGGACCUCUAAUUUGAUGCGCUUCAGACUUUAAAUGUAUCUCUAAUGAAUUUCUUUUAUUACUUUCCUAAGUAUCCAACACAUCCAGAACCUCACGAAAUUAAUAAUAAAUUUUUCGUGGACCGUCUGAAGCACUCCGAAUUCGUGAGUUUCACAGUUGUGUCACCGACAAGAUUCGAAUCGAAAACCAAUCGAAUCAUAAUCGAACGACAGCGUAACAGCGUAAAACCGUUCGCGUCGUAACGAGAAUCGCGAGCAGGAUAAUUAACACGCGUGUAAAUAAAUUCCUAAUGAAUAUGUACAAGUGGCUCUUGCCUGAUCGCCGGGACAAGAGGGUUUAAGAGAGUGCCGUAAUACUAGGUAAAAAUCUUCUAUAUGCUAGAGGGGAGGAGCGCGAUAUAGGGUGAGUGCGAUACAGGGUGUGGACGUGCGUGAGUGUGUUUAACGAGAUGCGUGUGCAGCACCGAACACGAGGAUUGUCCAUGUCGGAUUUAGUGAGUGUCACGAAAACUGUGCAACGUGCGACGACGAGCUUUCUGUUAAGUUCCAGACCGCGGUCCCCGUAACCGCGGACGAUUACGCGAACGCGAAGUCUCGUCGACAGAUAACCCUCGCUUCGAUCGAGUUUCUGCCGGGAUUUAAAGAGAAAUUUAAGAGGAGAAAGCAUGAAAAUGCGUGAAAGAGAGAGACUGAUCGCAGAGCGAGAGACGAGAAGCGAAAUUUUUGUAUCAUAGUUGUACCAUACCGAACUCUUUAUCUAUAGAUCUGUAUUAUAUUUAUUAUCCGCUAUCAUUACGCUACGAAUAAUCACACUCGAUAUUCUCUAUAUUUACUAGUAAAAAAAAAAUAUCAAAUUUAAUAGCGAAUAAAUUGCGUAUUCGGCGGGGUAAGAAAAAAAAUGAAACAAAAUGACACGUGCUAAACGAUGAAUUCAAGAAAAUCCCCCUGUCACCAAUCGAAUCCGUCGUUUCUUGUUUUCUUUUACAACUUUAGUUUUUGUUGUAUUAUGUUGCUCGAA